AUGGUCGAGCAGAAUUUGCUUGACACAGAGAUCGCCCAAGCUCAGCCGCAAGGGAAAGAGAAGGAAGGCACCUGCCGAGACGAGCAAUAUCGCUCAUCUACACCUCUACAAGCUCAGGGAAGCUCACCGAAGUCCCAGGUUUCUUCUGUCUUCUCAUCCACAAGGUCCACAAGCUCAAAUUGGAGCUCGAUGUCUGUCGGUGCCAUCAACACUCCCGAGUUCCGACGGUCCCCAGCCCCGACGCCAAAGCUGUGGACUUCAGCGAAGGAACCACAGGGCAACUCCACGCAGUGCCCUCCUGUGACGCCAUCGCCGCUUAUACGUCGCUCAGCCGCCCCUAGCCUGAGCGACUAUACCCAUACGCUACGAAGCUUAUCGUUUGAUGCCCACCCUUCGGCCCAUCACCGCGACGGCAUCACAAGCGAGGGACACUCAAGUGGACAUGCCGCAGUUACGGCUGAUCUUGUAAAUGGAAGCGAUUACCGACUCUCCGACGAUUACACAUCUCUUGAGAAUCGUCAGUAUUAUCCGAUGGGUGCUCGAAGCCCCGCAUGGAGUUUGUUGACCGCAUCUCCCGUGGCUCCCCUACCAACCAUCGCCGAAGUCCCUGACGAGCAUGUCUGUCGUCCUCCUGAUCCGUUUCCGCGUGGACACUCCACCGCAGCGCGUGCUUUCAAUGAAGGUGUGGUUUGUGAAGCGGAAUCUCGUAGGCAUAAUCAAAACGGCAAGAUUCUUGACCAAGAGUCAGAGGCGGCCGAAUCUGCAAUCGCCGAGGACGUCAAGCUCGAGCCUCUACUCGGUGGUGUCCAAUCGUGUCUUGGACUUCUGGUGAGAAAGCAGCUUUCCACCCUCGUCAUAUCGCUCGCCUGA